UACAGGUUCACGAGACAAUGGUACAAUGAAGAAUGCCGUUACCACUGUUUGCUCGGUUUCACUUGAACCCUCCAGGUGAUGUCACAGCGCGAGACCCGCGUAACAGGAUCGGGGACAUUUCUCCCCUACUUAAACCUGACACACAGAGCGCGCGGCUGUGGAUGCGUUUUUGUGAGAAAUCCCGUCAUUCCCGUCCUCUGACACAAUGGCAGGUGUGUUUUCCUACGAGAGCUCUGAAGUGGACUGGUGUGAAGACAACUAUAAACAUUCAGAGAAUGUUGUGGAGUAUUUCAACACGAUGAGCAGUUUCAUCUUCUUUGUGAUCUCACCCAUAAUGCUCUACCUGCUGCACCCAUAUGCCAAGGAAAGAAACCUGGCUGUGCAUCUGGUCUGGAUCAUGAUGGUCUUUGUAGGUAUCUUCUCCAUGUAUUUUCACAUGACCCUGAGUUUUAUGGGCCAGAUGCUGGACGAGCUGUCAAUCCUGUGGGUUUUGGCUAUUGGCUACUCCCUGUGGUUCCCACGCAGACACUUCCCAUGUUUUGUUAAAGACAGGAGAACGUUCUCUCGUAUGGUCCUGAUCGUCACUGUCAUAAGCACUAUGUCCUCUUUUGUCAAACCUACAGCCAAUGCCUACGCUCUCAACUGCUUUGCCAUCCAUAUCCUCUACUCUCUGUUUAUGGAGUUAAGGAGUUGCACAGAUAAGCGAGUGCUGCGUCUGGCCUGGGCGUCCACUGGCCUGUGGGUUCUGGCCAUUUCCUGCUGGAUUAGCGAUCGCUUUGGAUGCAGCUUCUGGCAGAAACUGAACUUCUGUUAUCUGCACGGUAUCUGGCACAUUCUGAUUGUGGUGGCCACGGCUUACGGUACCACUUUGGUCGCUUACAUGGAUGCUAGUCUAGAGAUCCCUUAUUCCCUCCCUGACCUGCAGUACUGGCCACAGAAUAAGUGGGCCAUUGGACUGCCUUACAUAGUCCUCAAAGGAAACACAAAGACAUGGAAAAGAUGCUAGCAGGCACAAGAUAAACAGAUGCAAUCUCAUUUUUAAAGCUGCUUGGUGUAGCACCAGCCUUCAAAUCUUGGUGAAUACAUUUAUAAGGACUGGCAGGAGCUGAUCCUAGAUCAAUACCCUGAGACUCCAUUUGUUAUAACACUGAAGAGAUACUUGUAAUAUGAAACACAUGUUGCAUAUUGUGUUGAAAUGGUUGAGGUUUCAGGCACUUUCUCCUCGUUUCUCACAGAACUUGAAACUGAAGUAUUUGUGUGUAAAUGUAAAAAAUCUUUACAAACAACGCGCUGUUGUUAUGUAAAAAUGAAUAUUUGCACUGUUUUGACAAGAUUGAAUGUAUGUACAAAACAAUAUGUAUUUUACUUGAUUUACUUAAUAUGAAACAAAGGCUUCUAUAUUUAAGACAAGUAACUUA